UAUCAUUAUCCAUAUAUACACACACAACAUCAAACAAAACAUAUUUGGUUAUAAAUUUUAUUUUUUUAUUUUUUGUAAAUUAUUAGUUAUAAUGGAGACAAAAAAUUUAUCUUUAGAGUCAUUUUAUCAAAUUUUAAAUAAUAAUUAUAAAAAAAUUAAAAGUUUACAAAAAACCAUUGUGUCAUUAAAUAAUAAAACACAAAAUAAUGAUAAUAUACUUCAAGUUAUUGAUGAAAGUUUGACAAUGGUAAAUAAAUAUUCAUCAGAAAAUCAAGAUAUAAUUGAUUUACGUUUAUCAGCAAUUAGAGCAACAUUGUUGUAUGAAAAAUCAAAACUUUUAUCAAGUAUUGACAAGCCAGAUGAAGCUGAAAAAAUAUUGUCAAAUACCCUGGAUAAUAUAAACAAUGAUAUCUCAAAAAAUGAGAUGAUUUAUAUUGCUCUAAGAAUGAUGAAUCAUUAUGCAUAUAUUUUGACAAAAAAGGAUAAUUUUAAAGAGGCACAAAUUAUUCUUGAAAAAGCAGGAUCCCUUUAUCGUGAAGCUAAAAAAUCACAAGAUUAUUUAUCUAUUUUUUAUACAAGUGAAGAACUAUUUUCAAGUACACCAGUAUUACCAGCUGAAUCUUUGUCAUCAUCAUCAACAACAUCUUCAUCGUCUAGUAAACAAAAUAAAUUUGAACGUUUAGUUACAAAUAAUCUUCAGAUGCUUGCUGUCAUUUAUAAUAAACAAGGCAUGACUGAUAAAUAUUUAGAAAAUCGUCAUAUGGUAUUGAGUCGUGAGCUAGACAUGGAAGAGGGUGAUCCAUUAAAUUGGGCCCAAAAAACUGUUGAUCUUGCUAAGCAACUAUUUGCAAAAAAUAAAUUUAGUGAUGCAAGACAUCAUUUAGCAGCAGCUGAAAAAAUUCUUGAUAAUCAAAAAGAAGUAUUUAAAACAAAAAAUCUAUCAGAUGGUUUAAUUGACAGUUAUAAUCAAGUUGUUGCUGAUGUUGCAAAUGGUUGGAUUAAAUAUGGAUUACAUAUAUUUAAUGUAUCAAAAAUGAAUGCAGUUAAACAUUUUUAUCAUAAAUCAAAUGAAAUGUUAGAAAAAAUAUGGAUAUCACCAUUUGAAAAAAAUAAAAAAAUUAAUUUAAAUGAAAAUGGUGAACCAGAUUUUUCAUUUCAUCAAGUUCAUACAAGUGAUUUAAAAAAACGUAAUGAACAAAGACGUAAAACACUUGAAAGUAUACGUGAAGAAGAAGAAGAAUCUUGUUUAUUUUGUCAAAAAGAAAAUGAUGAAUUAGGUCAUAAAAAUAAUAAAAAUAAUAAUCAUGAUGUUAUUAAAGAUAAAAGUGAAUUGUUGAGUUUUAAAUUAUUAUUAAAUUCAAAAGAACUUGAAGAAACAUUGGUGACUGCUAAUCCAAUUGAAGAUACUGAACAAGCAAGAGAUCUUUUUAAUUUUACCCAUGAAAAAUUAAAAAGUGUAAGAUCAUUUUACACUCUGGAGAAUCAUCCAAUGGAGUAUAUUAAUGCAAUAAUGGAUCUAAGUGAACUUUAUAAAUAUCUUGCAUUUUAUGAAGAGGACAUUGAAAGUCAAUAUGCUGUUCAUAAACUACGUGCUGAUGCUCUUGAAACACUAAGUGCUAUUCUUCGUGAAGUUAGACCACAUUGGUAUAUGGCUGUAUCAGUUGAAUUAUUACGAGAACUUGCCGAGGUACAAUUGGAAAUGAUGGGUUUAAAUUUACGUCGUAUUUAUGCUGCACAAACAUCUGAUUCAAAUCAAAGUACAAUUGGAUUACAAAAAAUUGACGUAUUAAGUAAUUUGCAUGAAAAAUUAAAACAAGUUGGUGAAAAUUUACGUAGUGAUCCAAAUUUUAACAAUAAUAUUUAAAUAAAAAUAAUAAUAAAUGAUAUAAAAAAAUAUAUAAACCUUUUUUACAUAUAUUUUUAUAAUAUAAACAAAAUAAAAAAUGGAUGUAUCUAUUGAAAAAUAUAAUUUGUCAAUUGAAAAUAUUGAAAAAUUAAAAAACUGUGAAAAUAUUAAAAA